AUGCCCCCCGCCAUUCUCUCCCUUCCAAACGAGCUCUGGCUUGGGAUAGCAGAGUCGUUUUCUCCCAGCGAGCUUCUAUACAUUCAUCAUACCAAUAAAAGGCUUAAUCACCUCUUUAGGCAUCUUUUUAUCGAUGCCAUAAUCUCCGAAGACGGCCCCCACGGCGCCCUGUUCUGGGCCAUCGCCUUAAAGGAUCAAAUCCUUGCGGAGACGGUGCUUGAACGUUGUAAGGAGGGAAUUCAUGUGGCCGUCGAUCACAUGUCUGUUGAGCCGCCACUUCCGGUGUGCGGAGCAGACAAGAGACUAAUUAAGUAUAUUAUGGACCUGAACGUCGCAGUGGAGGUUUGGGAGGAGGGCACAACAAUUGGGCCGCUGAUGUGGGCAGUCAGGAAUGGUAGAGCAAGGUUAGCACGGAUGUUUAUAUCUAAUGGCUUUCAUAUCGACACCAAUGACUGGGGAUACCCACCUCACCUUUCCCAGGUAGAACCUCACAAGACAAUGAUCGACGGGGCGCUUCUCGAAGCUUGUAAGAUUGGGAUGGAGUCUGUGGUGAAGGUGAUGCUGGAGCCCGAAAUGGACAUAGAUAUCGAAGUAGUCGGAGCAGACGGGCUGCGGCCGUUACAGAAAGCUGUUAUCGGCGACCAUUUGGGAACUGUCGGAAUCCUCCUCAACAAGGGGGCGAAGGUAGAAGCAUGCGAAUACAAGUUUUCAGAGCCCUACUGUGCCAUCGACAUGGCGAUUAAAGGAGACAAGGUAGACAUGUGGAAGCUCAUGCUAAGCCAUGUGAAUGCCGAGUUUUACGACUAUCGAAAGCGACCCGCACUUCUGCUCGCCGCCGGAACGGGGGAUUUGGCACUUGUCCGAUACUUGCUCGACAAGGGCGUAUUCCUGGCCGAAACGGACGUCAACGGUCGCACAGCGCUCCAUAUAGCCGCAAAGCACGGAUGGGCGGAUAUUUGCGAGGUUCUGAUUGAGGAGGGUGUAGACACCGAGGCUCGCGACAACGUCAGACGGACAGCGUUGCAUGAAGCAGCGUCGACCGGAGCCGAAGCGAUAACAGCCCUUUUAAAAGGGAGCGCCGAUGUAAAUGUGGCCGAUUCCAGCGGAAGGACGCCGCUGCAUCUAGCAGCGAGGAAUGAGUUUGCUUUACUGGACGAUAUCAAUGCGUUGGUAGGCGCAGGGGCGGAGAUGGACGUGAAGGACAAAAGAGGUAGAACACCAAAGGGGGACCUGGCGACACUCACAAGCCCUAGGAGGCGCAGGGUGAGGCCGAGGGUCUAG